AAACCCUCUCAACUCAACCCUAGCUGCUACUUGUGCAGCAAGUUUUCCCCACUCAGAGUUCUAUCAUCGCAUCCAGCCAUGGCUGACGAUUUCUCUUGCCGUAUCUGUGGCUUGGCUCGGGCGUGAUUGUCUAGGAUUUACGAACGCUUCUCCUUGCGUUUACUAACAUAUACCCGGACAGAGUUGGAGGAUCAGGGCUGAUAGGGUUGCGAGAAGAAUUUGUGGUGUAGGAAGAUAGGCUGCUGUCUAGGUUCUGGUCGUGUAGGUAGGAAUAGGCGUCGUGCAGCUUGGAUAGCGGGAUGAGAUGUCGGUAACAGCAAUGCAGAGCCAUCGACACAGGCACACGGUGGAGAGUUCUGGGCCGGGAUCCACGAUGCUUUCCGCUACCGCCGUCUCAGACGCGGAAACAACCAUCUUCAACUCCACCUCGCUCUCCUCCCUGUUUGAGUCCAAACUUGCGUUCGCCGAUGUCUCUGGAUCGUCACCGUCGGCGCAUCACAUUCCGCUGGAUGAUGCAACUGCCACGAGCAGCAACAGCAACAGCAACAGCAAUAGCAAUAGUAAUAGCAACAGUAACAGCAGCGGUGGUGGCAGCGGCAUCAGUGGCGGUUUCCCCGGCCUGCCGUUGCCCGCAGGAGCCUCGUUUCUGGGCGGUGCCAGCAGCAAUGGGAGCUCUGGACUGUUCGGUACUCCCGGAGUCAUCGGUAGGCGAGCCUCUCCCGCAGAUCUGAACGACGAUUUUCUCGGCGGGGGCCAUUCGUGGCCGCGAAACGGUCCCGUAGGGUUACCAGCUUCGCAGGGGGGCAGCAGCGGGUCGAUCAUUGGCGGCGUUGGUAGUCAGUGUAACCCGAUUGUGGGAUUUGGCGGCGGAUCCGGCGGAUCUGGCGGCGGCAGCGGGCUGGGUCACGUUGGGGAGGGAGCUGGGUUGGGGAGUAACGGGAUUGGAGAAUCUAUGGAGGUGAGAGGUCACUCAGCGCGCCACGGGAGUAGCUACGCCGAAGGCUCGUUCAACUCGCACGCGGCUUUCCAGCUGCCGUCGCUGGCGAUGCAGCACCCAGAUCAGCACCUGAUAGGCCAGCAGCAGCAGCAGCAGCAGCAGCAGCAGCAGCAGCAGCAGCAGCAGCAGCAGCAGCAGCAGCAGCAGCAGCAGCAGCAGCAGCAGCAGCAGCAGCAGCAACAUCUGAAUCUGAAUCUGCACCCAGGGCAUCUGCUCAUGGGUCCGUUUCUCCUGCAGCAGCAGCAGCUGACGACGCACCACCUGUCGCCGCACAGCUACGGCGACCAGCUUCACCCUUCGCUGCAGGCAGCGGCAAAGGACGCGCACGCCGUGCAGGCAGGUGGUGCGGGCGUGGCUCGCGAAGAAAGCUCGCAGUUUAUGAACGCCGAUCAUCAGAUUCUGCAGCAGCAGGAGCAGCAGAGGGAGCAGAAUAUUCAGCAGCAGCAGCAGCAGCAGCGGGCAGAUCUAGCUAUUCAAGCGCAGCAGGCUUUAGGUUUGGAUCGCGACGUGCCUCGUGCGUUUGGCGAUCAAGCCCCGACGCAGAUUCUUCCGGACGACGAAGAGGAGCUCUUCGCGGACAUCGCAGAUGAGUACGAGCGACACCUGCGAUCCGCCGACGAAGCCGCCGCAGCCGCGGCCGCGGCUGCCGUCGCGGCUGUCGCCAGAUCGGGUGCGACUGGAUCCGCCCGUCGCGCCAGCAGCAGGCGCGCGGGGGCCAGCGCGGGCAGCGGAAGGGGGGAGGGGGGAGGCGCGCUGGACGAUGGCGGGGACGGGGACGGCGCGGAGGGGGACGACGAUGGCGCGGCGGACGAUCUGUUCUGCAGCAGCGGCGGCAUGGAGCUGGAUCUGGACCCCGUCGAUGGCGCGGGAGCGCAGGCGGGGGUUUUCCGCCGCCUGCCUCUUCCGCGGAGCAUUUUCUCCCCCGCUGCUGGUGCUGCUGCUGGUGCUGCGGGUGCUGCUGGCGGAGUUGCUCGAGGAGCGAUUCACCUGGCGCCGGCGGGGGGUAAGGCCGUUGCUGCUGCCGCUGCGGCGGCGGCGGGAACGGCGGCGGGGAUGACGAUGACAGUGGCGGCGGGGGGUUUUGCGGGCGCGGCGCAGGCCGCGGGGGGGGAGCAUCCGCUGGGCGAGCACCCGUCGCGGACGCUGUUCGUGCGGAAUAUCAACAGCAGCGUGGAGGACUCGGAGCUGCGCGCGCUCUUCGAGCAACACGGCGACAUCCGCACGCUGUACACCGCGUGCAAGCACCGCGGAUUCGUGAUGGUGUCGUUCUUCGACAUCCGCGCCGCCCGCGCCGCCAUGCACGCCCUGCAGGGCACGCCGCUGCGCCGCCGCAAGCUCGACAUCCACUUCUCCAUCCCCAAGCAGGACAACCCAUCGGAGAAGGACGUGAAUCAGGGCACGCUGGUGGUGUCCAACCUGGACGCGUCCGUCUCCAGCCACGACCUGCACCGCAUCUUCGCCGCCUAUGGCGAGGUCAAGGAGAUCCGCGAGGCUCCUCAUCAGCAGCAGCACAAGUUGGUGGAGUUCUACGACGUGCGCGGGGCAGAGGCGGCGCUGAGGGCGCUCAACCGCAGCGACAUUGCCGGGAAGAGAGUCAAGCUCGAGCCCAGCCGCCCAGGGGGCCUUCGCCGCAGCCUGGCGAGUCAAGAGAGUGCAGAGAGCUACGUGGGUGACGCAGCGGCAGGAGCAGCCUCAGCGGAUCAGCAGCAGCAGCAGCAGCAGCAGGAGGCAUCCGAAUCCGUGUCUCAGAACUGCUCAGUGCAGCAGCAGCAAGCCCAGGCGCAGCAAUGGCUGCCCGAGGACCAACAGCUGCAAGCGCAGCAGCUGCAACAGCGGAACCAGCAGCAGCAACAGCAGCAAUCUCAGUCCUUCUUCCACCACCAGCACCAGCAGCAACAGCAGCAGCAGCAGCAGCAGCAGCAGCAGCAGCAACAACAACAGCAGCAAAACGAGCAGCAGGAGAAGGAGCAGCAGCAGGAGCUGCCACUCCCCCCUAUGCUCCCCCUAAGCGCUCUCCUGGAUGCAGCAGGCCCCAUCUCCGUCUCUCUGCCCCCCUCCGAUCGCCCCUGGCGCGCCCAGGGCAGCAGCAGCGCCCACCACGCCGCGCCUCUCCCCCCAUCCUCCCCGCAUGCAGCAGCUGCCGCCGCUGCAGCCGCCACCACAGUGGAGGUCGGGCGCGGGGGGCGCAUUCUUCCCCCCGGCGCCCCUCCCGCGUCCUCCCCCCCGCCUCUUGCUGACGGGGCGCCAGGUGCAGGAGUGAGGGCACCAGGCGUGGAGCUCUUGUAUGGGAUUGGGGGCGGUGGGGGUGGAAGGCCCGUGCUGGAAAGGGGGGGUGAUGGGGGUGCUGGAAAGGGGGGUGAUAUGCUGCAGGGAACAAUGCAGCGAGAUCAGCAGGUGCAGGCUCAUUUGCUGCAGCAGCAGCAACAGCAGUCAGUGCAAUUGUGGCAGCAACAGCAGCAGCGUCUGCUGCACCAUUCGAGCUCCAUGCCAGACUAUGGUCUCAACGCCUCCUCUUCGUCCUCCUCCUCGCCCUCUCCCUUCCUCGCGUCAGUUCCAGACAGCCACACCCACGCGGGUCUCUUUGCAACAAACCAAGCCGCUGCUGCCAAUGCUGCCGCGGCCGCGGCCGCAGUUGCAGCAGCUGCUAGGUCAGAAGGAGGGCGGGAAGGAGCAAGCGGGUUGGAGGGCACAGGCGGGAUGAACGGGCUCGGGGGAGCGCCAGGUGGCAGUUUAGGGGGGAGUAUUCGCCCUCAUGGUACAGCUGGUACUCCUUUUGGCCCCGGCAUUGCAUCCGGUGGUUCCUCUGGGCAUCAUCUUUUGAGUUCCCAUGCUGUUGCCUGGAUGCCUAGGGCUAGUUCUGAUACGUCUCUCAAUGCCGCUGCCCAUGCCAUGCGUGCUGCUGGUGGUGGUAGCUGGGCCAACGCUGAGUCGCUGCUGGUUAGCAGUAUUCUAGAGCAUGGGGAGGAGAAUCCUCGCCAGCAGCAGCAGCAGCAGCAGCAGCAGCAGGCAGGGGUGCCGUCGCGGGGACUGGAGCACCACAUUCAGCAGCGGCAGCAGCUGCUGCAGCUGCAGCAGCAGCAGGAGCUGCAGGAGCAGCGGCAGCGGCACCAGCAGCAGCAGCAGCAGCUGGAGGAUCAACUGCGUGCGCUCUCCCACGCACAGCUCUCCUCGUCUCUCCCAGAAAGCGCCAUGUGGGGGGGUCCCUCGUCUCUCCCCCAUUCCCUGCCUCCGGCCCUUCGCCCCGCCCUUCACGAGCAGCAGAUUCAACAGCACCUGUACCAGCAGCAGCAGCAGCACCAGCAGUACCAACAGCAGCAGCAGCAGCGGUUGCCUGUGUCCCUCCUGACUCUGGCACAAACGCUGGGCUUGCAAUCUUCUGCGGGAGCCGCAAACGCCUCAUUGCAAUCCCCUUCCCGGUCCGCGUACCUUGAUGCAAACUCCCUGCAGGAAUCCCACGCGCUUACCCAGCUGACCCUCCAGCAGCAGCAGCUGGAGCAGCAGCAGCAGGUCGGACUGCCAGGGCUAGGGGCAGGCGGGGAAUACCCCGGUGCAGGUGGCAGUGGAACCGUGGGUGCAGGUGUGGGUGUGAGUGGCGUGGGCAUGAGCGCGGAGAUAGGCGGGCUUGCUGCCAAGCUGGGCCGGGCUCAGUCGUUUGGAGCGCUCGGGCAUACUUCCCCUGCUUCUGCCACUGCUGCUUCUGCUGGUCCUUCUGGUCACCUUCCCCAUCGCGCUGCAGACCCGUCUGCGAUGAGAAGCGGCUUGCUGGUGGGGAGUCAGAUGCAGCUGUACGCCCAGGCUCAGCAGCAGCUGCAGCAGCAGCAACAACUGCAGCAGCAGCAGCAGCAGCAGCAGCAGCAGCAGCAGCAGCAGCAGCAGCAGCAGCAGCAGCAGCAGCAGCUGUUUCAGCACCGUCACCAGCAGCAGCAGCAGCAUCUGCAUGUGCAGCAGCCCAUGCACCACCCCAUCCACAUGCGCGCCGCCCACCACGGUUCUGACUCCCACAUCCACUUCGCUGCAUCCGACCCCCUAAUCCCUGACCGUUCCUACAGCCUCCUCUCCGGCUCGCCUGACUCCUUCUCCUAUGGCAGUCCUCUCCUAGGGAACGGACUGCUUGGGGGAUCCGCAGGGGGGGUAGCAGGUGGGGGGGGUGGGCGUAUGGGUGUGAUGGGAGGAGCAGCAGCAGGGGCAACAGUGCCUGGUAGCAGCCAGGGGAUGCAGGGAGUGGAUCAGUUUGGUUUUUUUUCUGGCUCUUUCUCUGCUUCCUUCUCUGGCUCGCUGUCUAGUUCUCUGUCUGCUGCUGCCGCGUUGCAUCAUGGUGUAGACACGACCUUUGGCCUCCGCUUUCCAGCAGCAGCAGCAGCAGCAGGAGUAGCAGGGGCACCCAGGGCAACCUCUCCUGCCGAUGCAGCAGCAGCAGCAGCAGCGGCUGGCUCGGCUGCAGCUGAUUUCAACAGUGCUGGUUUAGGUCUGGGUGUGCCGAACCUGGGCUCCAGCCUAGGUUCGAGCCGGGGGGCUGGGCUCGGGAGAGGCUUUGGAUCACAGUACGAGCCAGGGAUAGCACCAGGCGUAUUACCAGGUGUAUCAUCAGGUGUUUCACCUGGCAUGAGCCUGCGUGAUUCAGUUUCCAGCAUGGAUCGAUUCCGAGGGGGUGCGGGUGCGGGAGCAGGAGCUGGAGCAGUGGCGGCGGCUCUAGGGCUAGGGCUAGGGCUUGAGAGCGGAGUGGAAGGCACACCACCAUCUCCCAGUCUUCUAUCUCCCCACCUGAAGAACAGCUCUAGUGGGAGGUCGUUGUCCGGGCUGGGGGGUGAAGGCAGUGUGAGGGGGGCGGGAGGGGCAGGAGGAGCAGGAGGGGGUAGUAGUGGUGGUGGGGGAGGAGGGGCAGGGGUGGAGGGGUAUGGGGAGAGGAAUCGGGGGAGGAGGUCGGAGGGGGGUGGAGGGGGAGGGGGCGGGGGUGGGGGAGGGGGAGGUGGCAACGCGGAUCCGAAGCGGCAGUAUCUGCUGGAGGUUGAUCGGAUACUGAGAGGGGAGGACAGUCGCACGACGCUGAUGAUCAAGAACAUCCCCAACAAGUACACGCAGAAGAUGCUCCUUGCAGCCAUAGAUGAGAAGCACAAGGGUACCUACGACUUCUUCUACCUCCCUAUCGACUUCAAGAACAAGUGCAACGUGGGCUAUGCCUUCAUCAACAUGAUGGACCCGUACAAGAUUGUGCCACUCUACCAGAGCUUCAACGGCAAGCGGUGGGAGAAGUUCAACAGCGAGAAGGUGGCCAACAUAGCGUACGCGCGCAUCCAGGGCAAGCAGGCGCUCAUCGCCCACUUCCAAAACUCAUCCCUCAUGAAUGAGGACAAGCGGUGCCGCCCCAUCCUCUUCCAGUCCCAGGGGCCACACGCCGGCGACCAGGAGCCCUUUCCGGUGGGCAUCAGUGUGCGUGCGAAAAGGGGCGGCAGUAGUGGCAGUGGCAGUGCUGCUGGUGCUGGUGCUGGUAGCAGCGGCAGCGGUCACAGUGCGAGCGCUGGCAACAGCAGCAGCAACAGCAACAUGCUGCACCACGGCAGCCCCGGCAGCAGCAGCAGCAGCCGGGAGAGCUCCUUCCACGGUGCCGACAUGCUCGCCCGCCGCUCCUUUCCCUCCUCCGCUUCGUCUGCUGCCACUGCAGCAGCAGCAGCCAUGCAUGUGUCAGGUGGUGGUACUGGUGCUGCUGCUGCUAGUGGCAGUGCGCUGGGUGAUCUCUCCACCAGCUACCGCCUUCCCUCCUUUCUCUCUGGAGGCCACAGCGGGGGCUCUCCUCCCGACCGCUUCUACUGAGGCUCGUAUGCCAUGAGGCUGGCUGGCUGUUGGUUGAGCAACAUUCUCCUGGAGCUUCUUAGUGUGAGCUAGGACCCAUUCUGCUCUUUGCAGGGAGCAGGAGGGGAAAUUGUUUCUAGCACAGUGGGAUACACUUCCGCCGUCUCCCACAUAGCAUUAUGGAAUAGUGUGCUUCUGAUCGCCAGUUUUACGUGUGUCUACAGUUUUGGAUUUUUUUCCCUGUAAAUCCGCACAUUUUUUACUAGAUUUUUAGUGCUUCUG